CACACUUCAAUAAGUUAUAAAUAGACAUGUUGCACAUGCAGCUAUCAGUAACAAUCAUUAGCACUGUUCAAUUUCAACGAGGAACAGUCAUUAAGAUUGAUGCUCACAAAUAUCCUUAAUCUCUCUCUUUCUCCAUCCCUCUCUCUCUCAGACACACGGAGGUUCCCAAAUUUGUAUCCUUAACUCUCACGCAGAAACACACAAAGAAAGAUAUGGAUUUGCUGAGUUUCCUACUAUGUGUUCUGUUUAUCUGCACUUUGGUUCAAGGCCUACUCUCAAUUGCAAAUGCAACCAAAACUAGUCAGGGCAAGCUUCCACCGGGACCGGCACCACUGCCUGUCAUCGGAAACAUUCUUAAAUUAACCAACCAACCCCACAAAUCUCUCUUCCAGCUAGCCAAAACAUAUGGUCCUAUCAUGACCUUAAAACUAGGCCAAAUAACCACAGUGGUCAUUUCUUCAUCAACUAUUGCCAGAGAAAUCCUCCAAAGGCAAGACGUCUCCUUCUCCAACCGAUUCCCCCCAGACGCAAUACGAGCCCGCAACAACCACUUAUACACACUGGCUUGGAUACCUGUUUCAACCCAGUGGAGAUACUUCCGGAAAAUCUUGACCUCUCAUGUAUUUUCAACUCAAAAAUUGGAUGCUCAGCAACAGCUCAGGUGCCAAAAUGUUCAGGAGCUCAUUGACUUUGUCCACAGUUGUUCCAAAGCAGGUGUUGCAGUGGAUAUAGGACAAGCUGCAUUUAGAACUAGCCUUAAACUGUUGUCAACCACCGUAUUUUCUGUGAAUUUGAUUGACCCAAGUUCUGAUAUGACACAAGUUAUCAAAGAAUCAGUUCGGGGCAUAAUGGCAGAGUCUGGAAACCCCAAUUUGUCUGAUUACUUCCCUGUCCUUAGAAAGUUUGAUCUACAAGGUGUUAGACGUAGAACGGGGUAUCAUCUUGGGAAGAUGUUUGAGUUCUUGGAUAGGAUGAUCAAUAAACGAUUGGAGAUGAGGAAAUUUCAUGGUUAUAUAGGGAGCAACGAUGUGCUGGAUAACCUUCUCAGUAACAAGGAUGAGAUUGAUCAAAUUCACCUCCAAAGUUUGUUAUCGGAUAUAUUUACCGCGGGGAUAGAUACAACUUCAAGCACAUUGGAAUGGGCAAUGGCAGAGAUUUUACACAAGCCACAAACUCUUUCGAAAGCCAAAGCUGAGAUGGAACAAGUUGUGGGCAAAGGCAAGCCGGUGGAAGAAUCAGACAUCCCACACCUACCAUACUUGCAAGCAAUCAUAAAAGAGACCUUCAGGCUACACCCAGCACUGCCAUUCUUGAUACCGCGCACAGUUGAUGCAAAUGUUGAAGUUAAUGGCUUCACAGUCCCAAAGGGUGCACAAGUGCUAGUAAAUGCGUGGGCUAUUGGCCGCGAUCCAAAUGUAUGGGCAAAUCCUGAAUUGUUUAUGCCAGAGAGGUUCUUGGGGUCAGAAAUUGAUGUCAAAGGCCACAAUUUUGAGCUAAUUCCAUUUGGGAGUGGACGGAGAAUAUGCCCUGGAAUGCCGCUGGCUAUUAGGAUGGUUCACUUGAUGUUGGGUUCACUCAUAAACUCAUUUGAUUGGAAGCUUGAAGAUGGCAUUGCACCACAGGACUUGAACAUGGACGAUAAGUUCGGCUUCACCUUACAGAAGGCUCAGCCUCUGCUAGCUAUCCCUAUCCAUACCUAAAAUCCACUGUCCUCCCUAGGCAGUAAUAUAUUAACUACUUGAGAUUACUAUAGAAUAAAUGUUUUGUGCAAAUAACUCCCUAAUAGUUUUGGGGAGACUUGAACCCUCGGCAUCUCACUUUGCAAGGAGAGGGAUCCGAGGGGAUACAAGUAGGCCAUGGGCGUUGGUGAAUGAAUGUUUGUGUUUUCAAAAUCUAUUACUGCAUGUAUCAUAAAAAUAACAGUAAAAACUGUGUUAUUUUGGGUAUUACAGUAGUAUCUAUAACUAUAUUGUGUUUAUGUAUAA